AUGGCCUUCAUCACUGCCUUUAUUGCCAGCUUUAUGGAGGACCCGAACCACCGCCGUGCUGUCCGCAACGGCUACCUCCUCAAGACCAAGGCCCGUGCCGAUGAGCUGAAGGCUCAGUGGGCGCUGCCGGCCCGUGGUGCCGGUAUGUGGCGCAACGUGGCGUACAAGGUCCAGCGGUACGCUGGGGCCGAGGCUGAGGCUGAUGUGGAGUAG